GGAUUCUGUUGAACAGAAACAGUCGAUGUCGAACUCUAGUAGAUCAUUUUUAAUCUUAAACUGCUAAAGUGGUUUCAUAUCGUUAAUUACCGUAUAUUAUUAGAACAUAAACUAAUCAUGUCAAACGAAGAUAGUUUUCUACAUUUAGUAAAAUGUACUUAUCCUCAAAUGAUUGCUGCAAUUACAGGCACGCUAUUUGCGAUCUCAGACGGUAUGACGUAUGGAUGGAGCGCUCCCUAUAUUCCAUACCUUAUUAGUGACGUAAGUCACAUCAAAACUUCUAUACAUGAGGCAGAACUGCUGGAAACAUUUUUUCUAUUAGGAUCAUUUUGUGGUUUACCGCUCACCAUUUACUUGGUUGAUAAGAUAGGAAGAAAAAAAUCAUUACUACUAGCUUCAUUAGUUGUGUUGUUAGCAUGGAUAGCUAUAGCACUAGGAAACAAUAUGAUUUACAUUUUCGUAGCUAGAUUUUUUUGUGGAAUGUGUGGAAACAUGGCUUUUGUCGCGGCACCUUGCUACAUAGCUGAAAUAGCAGACUCCAGAAUUAGAGGGUUUCUAUCUAGUAUUAUUUAUGUGAUGAUGCUAUUAGGUUGUUUGAUAGUUUAUUGCGUGGGUCCUUAUCUACCUUUCUAUGUACCUUCUAUAAUUGGAGGUACAGUUUGCUUAAUUGAAUUACUGGUUUUCUCUAGAGUACCUGAAAGUGCUAUGUACCUAUUAUCUAAAAAUAGACCCGAAGAGGCCUUAGAAUCUAUAAAAUAUUUUAAAUCCUACUGCGAGACUACGAAAGAACUGGAUGAUAUUAAGGCAGUUUUGGAAAAACAGCAAAAUGAAAAAGGAAACUUUUUGGAUUUGUUCAAAGUUACUAGUAAUAGAAAGGGUAUCGUGAUUAUGACUGUCUUGAAUGCCGGUCAACAUUUAUGUGCCUAUUCAGUAAUUCUCAUGAAUUUACAUUCAAUUUUGGAAGCAGCUGGUAGCAUAUAUAUGGAUCAUAAUCAUGCUGCUAUAUUAUUUGCUGCUUUGAUGUUACUAGCCGUAAUAUUUGCUUCACUUCAAAUAGAUAAUUAUGGGAGGAAAGCGUUACUGAUUUUCUCCAGUAUAUUAACUGGAAUUUGUUUAUUGAGUAUUGCGAUCUAUUUCAAUUUGAAAGAGUAUGAUUAUGAUGUGUUAAGUGCUAGCUGGAUACCAAUAGUUUCAAUAAUGGUAUAUGCUUUAGUCUUCAAAGUGGGUGUAGGCAUAGUACCAAUAGUAGUGACAGCUGAGAUUUUUCCAACAAAUCUUAAAGCUAUUGGAAUGACUUUGUCUGAUGCUAUGUUUAUAGUUGGAGGGUUGAUUGCUAUCAAUUUGUAUCAAAGCAUAGCAAAUAACUUUGGUAUUUUCAUCCCUUUUUAUAUUUUUGGAGCAUUUGCAAUAUUUAUUACAUUCUUCACUAUAUUUUUUGUUCCCGAAACCAAAGGAAAGAGUUUAGAUGAAAUUCAAUCAAUCCUCAAAGGAGAGAAACCAAAUAGUAAAACUUAUACUCUGGAAAAUACUGCCUCGGUAAAUUUCUAAAAUAUUUUGUAUGUUAGAAUACAAUUAGAACAUACAAAUGACAUUAGCUCUACUACCAGUAUACUUCAAUUCAUAUAUAUAGAGAAAUUAAAUUUUUAGCUAUUUCCAAAAAAUUUUACCAAAGAAUUAUUGAUGAGAGGAUAUGAACAUUCUGAUAACCUUUCUAUCUUUUCUGGAUUAGACAGUAAAAUUUGCAUUGUGUGCGUUCUGAAGAAUAUUAAUCUAUUUUUUGAAACUUGAUAUAUGAUCAAUUAACCUACAUGCAGUUGGGCCAUGAAAUGUAUUUUUAAAGAGGUGGAUAUUGAAUGGGAUGUUCAAAUAACUUCACAUGAUAUAACUAGAUAAUACUGAAGUGUCUACAUUCACAAUAUCCAGUUAAAUAACAAAAUACAAGGUUUAUCGUUUUCUGGAAUUGACAGUUUUGUCUAAUGUAAUAAUAUAUAAGACAAUGAAUGUAUAUCCACUGACUAAUAAAAUUCAUGGUCAAAUAAAAUAUCAUGAAGAUCUGAAGGGAGAAGGGGAAGGAAGAUAUUUUGUAAAGAGAACGUUGCUUAGAAGAAAGGGUUCAGUUAUUUCACGUGCUCUACUCUAUGUAUGAUCAACCGAUGAACAAAAUAAGAAAUUGAUUAAUAAGAGUUGAACAAAGAGCAGAAAUAAUUGCAUGUGUUUGGGUCCCUAGAUAUAUUAUUUAAAGAAAUUAAUGUCAGCGAUGGUAAAUUGCAAUGAGAUGCCAUAGAAAAAAUUUGAUGGAGGAGACAAAAGUGAAAAGUUUACUUCGAUAUAUUCAAUACUCAAAGGGUAGUAUGUGUAUAAGUAUUCUCAAAUUUAUGAACAUGUGACAUAAGUAAAAGCUUUCAAUUUCUCUUGAUCUCUCUUAAACCUGAGUUUUCCACUGAUUAUUUAUGUUUGGGCUUAUUUCUAUGCCAAUAAUGAUCCAAUUUAUUUCAUCGUAUCAAAGAUACUAUCUUCAUUAUUCUAAAUAUUUUUUUCUACAAAUUUUUGUUUAACUCUACUAUACCUUUUUCUCAAAUAAGGUGUGAAAUAUCUGACAAAUUACUAUUUUCUUAUCUACUAUCUAGUACUAGACCAAUAGUCAUAAUUAGUAAAGGUACAUUGUGUACCGGUCUGUCGAUACCGCGGUUAUAGAAACAUUUUGAAAAAAAUUUAACUGUGAGUGUUAUUUUAGUGUUAGGAGUAAAUAGUGUGUUCAGGAUAAAUUAUGGAUUCCAGAUUUUCUAGUAUAUCAAUCUUCUAUAUCAAUUUCAUUUUUUCCAAUACUAGAACUAAUUUGGAAUACAAUUAACUAAAUGGAAAGAAGAGUUUAUCAGACAAGCCGUUAUUACCAAUUAACUAUAAUUAAAAAAGAGAGUGGUAUGAGAUUUUUAUUUUGUAUCCAUUUCAACUGUAUUUUACAUUCAUUUAUUGUCACCAAUAAAAAAUAUCUUGUAUACGAGUAGUUCAAAUUCUAAAAUAAAAACUGUCAACUGAAAUGAAAUUUAAUUGAAUAAUUAUGUUUUUGAUUUCAUUGAUCAUUGCUAAGAAAUUCCAGAAAACCGAUGACCUUGUUACUUUACGGUUAAUUGUCAAUUGGUUACACCGUUUAAAUUUUGAAAAGGAUCGACUAGUAUGUUUUUAAAUUAUUAUGAACUCAUGUUUUCUAUUACGAGUAUGUUACAAUUUCUCAAUUUUUUCGAUGUCACUAUUAGAUUUAUUAUGUAUCUGUUCACAAUAAACCUCAUUUAUUUUGUGUUAUUAUUUAUAUCGA